CGAUAUCGACCUCAGAGCAACCGCAGGGGGGAAUCUCGUAGCGUUUAGCAGCGAGGAAAUCAAAACUAUAUCGGGCACCAUGGAAUAGCCAAGGCUUUUUUCUGUCAUUGUGUGUUUAAGGCAUUGUGUUCUGAGUGAAUUAUAAUAUUUUUUUGUGAUCGGAAAGGUGAGAUCCAAGGAGUGACCUGGAGGACCUGCUAAGUUUAGGGUUCCACCGCCAUGGCGUUUCCGAGCAGUUUGUUUCGGAUUAUCACAGCUGUAUUGUUGCUCUGCUCAUCGUCACCGAACGCUGUCCUUGCCAGUGACGAUCCUGAGGCAAUCAUCUUAGACCGUCUCGCCGCCGACUUGUUCGCCCCUUCGCUAGACGACGUGGACCUCAGGAGCCUAAUCCCCGUUAACGCCAGCUUCUCCAGGGAUGGGCCCUUCAGUGGUUCUCCCAUGGGAGAAGCUCUGGACGCCUUGAUCUUGGUGAUAAACAAGAGACACAUCAAGAGACAAAUUACCUGCCCCGAGUGUGUGCCUGGUCUGAACUGUCCCCCUCUUUGCCCAAAUCCCGGGCCAAUAAGGCCCCCUUGUCCUCCUUGCUACCCAGGAACUGCUUGUCCGGCAGGAUGCCCGCCCACACCUUGCCCUCCAUGUUUCCCAGGCAGUAGGUGUCCACCAGGAUGUCCAUUUACUGAAUGCCCCGAUUGUUUCCCAGGGAAUCCUUGCCCUAUUGGGUGUCCAGUAACUUAUUGUCCACCUUGCUACCCAGGCAGUCAGUGCCCAAGUGGCUGUCCCCAAACUCCUUGCCCAGCGUGUUAUCCAGGUUAUCCAUGUCCGGAGGGCUGCCCAUCCACACCAUGCCCACCGUGCUAUCCAGGAUCUCCUUGUCCGGUUGGAUGUUCAGCCAGACCUUGCCCACCUUGUUACCCUGGGUCAACGUGUCCUACUGGCUGUCCCGCCACACAGUGCCCACCUUGCUAUCCAGGAUCCCGUUGUCCUGAUGGCUGUCCUUUAACUCCGUGUCCCCGCUGCUAUCCUGGUGACCCUUGCCCCAUUGGAUGUCCUGCUACACAAUGCCCUACAUGUUAUCCUGGGGAAAUAUGUCCUGAGGGCUGCCCACCAUCCCCAUGUCCACCUUGUUCACCUGGAACUUGUCCAGCUGGAUGUCCUCCAACACAAUGCCCAACAUGUUACUCACCAGAAAACUGUCCUCCCGGUUGUCCGAUUUCUAAGUGUCCCAUUUGCUAUUCUGGAGAAUACUGCCCAAGUGAAUGUCCAAUAUCCCCGUGCCCAAGUUGCUAUCCAGGUGAAAAAUGUCCUGCUAACUGCCCUCAAACACCGUGUCCCCCAUGCAGACCAGGUGAGCCUUGCCCACCUGCAUGCCAGAUGCCAUGUCCACUAUGUUUUCCAGGAGACAGUUGCCCUCCUGGCUGUCCCAUUUCACCAUGUCCCCCCUGUUAUCCUGGACAGCGAUGCCCAUCAAGAUGUCCAAUAACUCCAUGUCCAUCAUGUUACCCAGGAGAAUCCUGUCCUGUAGGUUGUCCACCAACUCCAUGUCCAGUAUGCUAUUCUUUAGAAACGUGUCCUCCUGGCUGUUCACCGUCCCCUUGUCCAGUUUGUUACUCCCAAGUAUCUUGUCCAAGGGGAUGCCCGAUACUGACUUGCCCCCCUUGCUAUUCUAAGGAUACAUGCCCGGAAGGGUGUAUACCAAGGCGCUGUCCCCUUUGCUACCCAGGGACAAGCUGCCCUCCCGGAUGUGAAAGAACGCCUUGCCCACUGUGCUAUCCCGGGCAAUCGUGCCCUGUUGGUUGUCCUGCUACAGAAUGCCCUACAUGCUAUCCUGGCCAAGAGUGUCCUAGAGAAUGCCCGGAGUCACCAUGUCCACCUUGCUAUCCAGGAACCAGUUGUCCCUCUGGGUGUCCUCCUACACCAUGUCCAAAUUGUUAUCCUGGUACCCGCUGUCCAGUGGGUUGCCCACCAACUGAAUGUCCUUUUUGUUAUCCAGGAACUCCAUGUCCAGCAGGAUGUCCAAGAACACCAUGCCCAAAGUGCCAGAAAGGUUAUCCUUGUCCACCAGGGUGCCCAGUUACACCAGAUUGUCCAGAAUGCCCGAGAGGACCACCAGGUUUCCCAGGACCGGAAGGGGAAAUGUGGCCCGGCCCACCUGGGCCUCCAGGCCCUCCAGGGUAUGGACUGCCUGGCCCACGGGGACCUCCUGGAUCACCUGUGUAUCCGGAUUCUACGCCUUGCAGGGCUACUACCAAAUGCCCUAAAACAGAAGUGAUUUGGAAAAUUAUCAAUGAAACCACAAACACUACAGACUGCUGCAAAUUGCAGCCGCCAGCUCCCAGACCGCCUUGCAAGUAUGAUUUUGCAGACCUGGUUAUAAAACUCAACAACCUUGAAAGAAAGUUGGCAAUAGUCGCCAAGUUAGACGACCAACUUUCGUCACACAGCGCGGCACUGAAGUCACUUGGGAACCUUCUCAGAGCAUCCGACUUCCACGGUAACCAGGGUCCAGCAGGAGACAAGGGUAAAACGGGAAUAAAAGGCAGUCUAGGGCCGAAAGGAGAGAGAGGUGAAUGCAUCAAGGGCCCCGAGUCAGAGCCCCCAACCGGGCCUGUGGGGGUCCCCGGUAACAAGGGGGCCCCCGGUCUACCGGGUGAUAAAGCGCCUUGCAGGUGCCGCGGUGAUAAGGGGGAGCCUGGUCCACCAGGGGAAGACGUCAUAGGACUCCCUGGUCUCAAGGGCUUCAAGGGAGAGAAAGGCGCCAAGGGCGCUAACAGAUCCUUCGGCGGGAAGAAGAGUCAGAAGUUGACAGACGACCCGGCCCUCUCCCCUUCCUCCGGAGGACGAUCUAGGAAGAGAGUGCUCCAGUAAGGAUACAGGACUUCCAAGGGAAAGGGUCUGGAGAUCAUAAUUGUGUACAACGGCGGAAUAUAGGAUUAAAUCAUUCUUACCUAUCACGUCUUUAUCCCUUUGCAUCUCCCUCUCAUUCUUUGUUAUUUUUCAAUCAUUUUUUUGUUGUUGCUUCAUAUUCGAUAUUCCUCAAUUUUUAAUUUUCAUUUUCCUGGUAAUGUUAUCGGAUCUUUCCUAGAUAGUAACCCCCAGAUUAAAGGUCUGGGGUUGUUGUCUAGGACUAAUAUUUCCAGAGGGUCAUUAUCUUUAUGAUAUUUAUAAACUUUUUUUAUGUUUUAACGGUCACUCCAACGAGUUUGUACUAAACACGCCGCAAGGGUGAUAC